CCUCCCUCCCUUUAAACAAGCCACUCGCUUGUCUGCUAUUUUAAUUUCUCGACGCGUCAGAAGUUCUGUAUCUAGGGUUUCAGUCUUGCAACAGAACCCUAACCCUAUUUUAAAGAUCUCCUCCUAACUUAGUACGGUAAGAUGUCAAGGUGCUUUCCAUACCGGGAUUUGGUGUCUGUAAGGAACGGGGCCAGUGGAGAGGCCUUGAUUCAAACGAUUAAGCUUCGAAGCGAAAAAGAGAAGCCCAAAACGGACUUCAGGAAAGAAAAGAAGAGGGAGAAGAAAGAGAAAAGGAAGGAGAGAAAAGAGAGUGAGAAGGAGAAACUUUACAGAGAAGCUGAAAAGCUCAGUAAAGAAAAGUUGUCAUGGGGUGGAGGUUGCCUUGUAAAAGGAAGUGAAGAUGAAGAAACUGAGCGUUUGGAGAAGUCUGGUCUUACUGAUGAGCAUGAUGAGCCUGUCUGCAGGCAGAACCUUUGCUACUUGUCUGAUGGCACUCAGAGCAGCAACAAGAGGAAAAGGGACUCCCCACCAUCUAGUGGCAUUACAGUUAACAGGAAUAUCCUACGGAUUAAGCUGCCGUCACAAAAGCAGAGAGAAGCUGAUGCAUCACGAAGUGAGGAACAAUCAUGCUCUACAUCUGGUAGAGGACCCGAGUCCAAUGCUGAGCACAAUGUAAUUGUUGGCCGACAAUGUCUCAGAACAAAUAAUACCAAGGGGGAAGUCAGUGCUAUAUCAGAUUCAAUGAGGAAGGAAAACAUUACUCCCUAUGAUAUCCAGACUGAAGCCGGGGCCACAAAGCAUGGAAAUUAUAAUAAAGAAUCAAAUUGUUUUAACGCGUUGAUGGGGGAGUGGAUUCCACUACCACUUCAGCCGGAUGAUGGUGAGGAUCUAGAAUGGCUUUUUGGGGCAAAGGCAAAGCAGCAAGGAAGCGGAUCUAAAAGAUUGAAGGCUGGUGAUGAUGCUUCAUGUUGUCAAACUUUGUGGCCGUCUUCCCAAUACUUUCAAGGGGAAGACAUGUAUGCAUUACCUUACACAAUUCCAUUUUAAUGUUUAGAACAGAUAACUAACUGAAACACGUAGCCCAGUGAUUUUGACAUUGAGUGUUUGGGCUAAAAUGUACAGUCGAUUUUUCUAUCAAAAAUUGACGAAAUCUAAUAUUACAUAUUUUUUUCUUAUA